AUGACUGACAUUGGAUCGAACGCAAUCUUUGUCAAUCCAAACUCUCUUUCGGAACAUGUCGGAAAGAGAGUGAUACUUUUAGUUCGCAUAAAACAGGCAUCUGGUGAAAUUGGUCCACUCGAGGUGAGCGUUGUUGGAAAGCAAAUCACAAUACAACAAACAUCGAUCACCUUCCCAGAAACACAUGCCGAGACGGAGGUUCCGUUUAAAAUCACUGCGACUGUAACAAACGAGAAUGAAGUCGAAUUAGUCUCUGUUGCCACAUGUGAGUUUAGUAGUAACAUCUACAACAACUUGCUUGAGGUUGUAUCAUCUGGAAAAAGCGCUAUAUUCCACCCGACUGGAAACACCGAUUAUGCUGAUUUAGAUAUCGAGUAA